CCCUAGGGGAUGACAAGACCCAGCGCUUCUUCGAUCAGACGGUCACCGACCUCCCUUUCUUCCUCACUCUCGAGCCGACUGAUCGCCCCCGGCGUCUCGUCGCCACCGCUCCUCUGCACAUUUCGAUGUGAUGGAGACGGGGUACGACUUCAUUAUCGGCACUCCGUGGUCUCGUCGGUUCCGCAGCACCGAGGCCGAUUGGGCGACCAACACUCUCGUUCUCAAAACGAAGUGUGGACAAAUGUAUCACGCAUCUUUCAGAGGUACCACUGCGACACCAUGCCCCGAUUCUCCUCCCCCGGAGCCUUCCGUGCCCACACCAUCUCCUUCUGACCUGGAGCCCGCAGUUCAUGACCUCAUUCGAGAGUACCACGGCGUUUUCCCAUCGUCCUUCUUGUACGCUAGCAUCCCACCGAUGCGCGACGUCGAGCACUCCAUCCAGCUUGUGUCUGACUAUAGUGUUCACCACCAGGCACCCUUCAAACUCUCGAUCCCCGAGGCCACCGAACUCAAGCGUCCGCUUGAGGAACUCCUGAGACUAGGUUUCAUUAAACCCAACAGCUCCCCGUGGGGUACACCCGUCCUCUUUGCUCGCAAAGCGGAUGGAACUCUUUGUCUCUACAUCGACUAUCGCGGUCUCAACCGCUACACGGUUAAGAACAGCUACCCCAUGCCUCGUUCCGAUGAGUUGUUCGACCGCCUAGCAGGCAACCGCUUCUUUACGAAGAUUGAUCUUCAUAGCGGUUACCAUCAGAUCCGCGUCGCUGCAGCGGACCAGUCGAAGACAAUGUUCCGAUUGCGCUUCGGCCACUACGAGUUUACGGUGAUGCCAUUCGGCCUCACGAAUGCACCCGCUACCUUCCAGAGGGCGAUGAACGGCAUCUUCAGGGACAUCCUGGAGCAGUACGUUCUCGUCUACCUCGACGAUAUCCUGGUCUACAGUCGUACCCUAUACGACGCCGGCGUCACAUAUGAUGUGAUGAGAAGAGAGGUGGUCCUGUUUGAGUCAAAAUCCAUGUCAGUAUCCACUUUCUGGCAUAAGGACUUAGAUAAGGGGAAGAAGUGGAAAGGGCGUACCAUCUCGGGCCAAGUCAGGGCCAAGGAUCACAUGAUCCUUACUUUAGAAGAAGGUGGUACUGAUGAAGUCCCCUACAGUGAGAUCGAGUGGGGGUUAGAGGAGGAGGACAGCAGCAUAGGGAGGGGAGGUCCUAUGCGGCUGUCGCGACUGGAGGGAGGCCACAAGGUAGAGGAGGAGGCCAGGGUCAGAGGGGCCAGGCCACGGGAGGCCGAGGAUCAGGAGCCCAAGGGGUUGGCAGACAAGGGAACCGCCAAGUGGGAGGUAGGGGUCAAGGUCCCCCGUUGAAUCGUAAGGGUUCUAGUCAGUCCCCGCAGCAAUGAGGUGGAAGGCCACCUCAACAGACAGGAGGAUGGCACCCAGGCUUGCCACAAGGCAGUCCAUGGGAAGA